CAUGAACCAUGGCAGUGACCGGAGUUUCUUCUGCUUUUGGCCGUCUUUUCAAACAAGAUAAAACCCACAAGCGUGUUAUCGGCACCGGAACCAAACUUACAGUGACCCGUCAGAUUCUUGAGCAUCUCGAAGGCGGUAAUGUCUCGAAAGCCGUCUCUGUUCUCUUUGCUUCUCCAGAGCCAGUUAGUUAUUGGCUAUACGAGCGUCUUUUCCGUUCUUGUUCCUCGAAAGCUCUUGUUGUGCAAGCCCGUAAAGUCCAAUCUCACUUAGUAACUUUCUCUCCGUUGCCUCCGAUUUUCCUCUUGAACAGAGCCAUUGAGGCUUAUGGUAAAUGUGGGUGUGUUGAUGAUGCACGAGAGCUGUUCGAGGAAAUGCCUGAACGAGAUGGUGGGUCUUGGAACGCUGUGAUUACUGCUUGUGCGCAAAACGGUGUCUCUGAUGAGGUGUUUCGUAUGUUUCGUAGAAUGAAUAGAGAUGGCGUACGAGCUACGGAGACUUCUUUUGCUGGUGUUUUAAAGUCAUGUGGUUUAAUCUUGGACUUGAGAUUAUUGAGGCAGCUGCAUUGUGCUGUGGUGAAGUAUGGGUAUUCGGGGAAUGUAGAUUUGGAGACUUCGAUUGUUGAUGUUUAUGGGAAGUGUCGGGUGAUGAGUGAUGCGAGAAGAGUGUUUGAUGAGAUUGUAAACCCUAGUGAUGUAUCUUGGAAUGUGAUUGUGCGGCGGUAUCUUGAGAUGGGGUUUAAUGAUGAGGCAGUGGUGAUGUUUUUCAAGAUGCUGGAGUUGAAUGUUCGACCUUUGAAUCACACGGUUUCUAGUGUAAUGUUAGCUUGUUCGAGAUCCUUGGCCCUUGAGGUGGGAAAGGUAAUCCAUGCCAUUGCUGUGAAACUUAGUGUUGUGGCAGAUACAGUUGUUUCUACUUCUGUAUUUGAUAUGUAUGUAAAAUGUGACAGAUUGGAGAGUGCUCGCAGAGUAUUUGACCAAACUAGAUCUAAAGAUUUGAAAUCUUGGACUUCGGCGAUGUCGGGAUAUGCAAUGAGUGGUUUAACUAGAGAGGCAAGGGAGCUCUUUGAUUUGAUGCCUGAACGGAAUAUAGUCUCAUGGAACGCAAUGUUGGGCGGAUAUGUACAUGCCCAUGAAUGGGAUGAGGCACUGGAUUUUCUCACUUUGAUGCGCCAGGAGAUUGAAAAUAUUGAUAAUGUCACUCUUGUGUGGAUCCUAAAUGUCUGCUCUGGUAUAUCAGAUGUUCAAAUGGGGAAGCAAGCUCAUGGUUUUAUCUACCGACAUGGAUAUGAUACGAAUGUAAUUGUAGCCAAUGCACUUCUUGAUAUGUAUGGAAAAUGCGGGACCUUGCAGAGUGCCAAUAUUUGGUUCCGCCAAAUGAGUGAACUAAGGGAUGAGGUUUCAUGGAAUGCUUUAUUGACUGGUGUAGCUCGAGUUGGCAGGAGUGAACAAGCCUUAUCUUUCUUUGAAGGGAUGCAAGUGGAGGCCAAACCAAGCAAAUACACACUGGCAACGCUCUUAGCAGGUUGUGCGAACAUUCCUGCUUUAAAUUUAGGCAAAGCAAUCCACGGAUUCCUGAUCAGAGAUGGCUAUAAAAUUGAUGUUGUUAUACGGGGUGCAAUGGUUGACAUGUAUUCCAAAUGCCGAUGUUUCGACUAUGCUAUCGAAGUAUUCAAAGAGGCAGCUACACGGGACUUGAUUCUAUGGAACUCUAUUAUCCGUGGAUGUUGUCGUAAUGGAAGAAGCAAGGAGGUCUUUGAGUUGUUCAUGCUUUUGGAAAAUGAAGGAGUUAAGCCUGACCAUGUCACCUUUUUGGGAAUCUUACAAGCUUGCAUACGUGAAGGUCAUGUCGAACUCGGUUUUCAGUAUUUCAGUUCUAUGAGCACCAAAUAUCAUAUAUCACCACAGGUUGAGCAUUAUGAUUGUAUGAUUGAACUCUACUGCAAGUAUGGAUGCUUGCAUCAGCUUGAAGAAUUUCUCCUCUUGAUGCCUUUUGAUCCACCUAUGCAAAUGUUGACAAGGAUAAAUGAUGCUUGCCAAAGAUACCGCUGGUCAAAGUUAGGAGCAUGGGCUGCUAAACGGCUUAUGAAUGAUCAUUACCUUCAGCCACCAUGA